AGCCGUCUUGCCGCCGAGUCUGGAGCUUUAGUGACGAAAAGAAUUUAACGAGAAAGUCGCUUUUAGUUGUCGUCGUUUUUUUUUUCCCAACACAUAUUCGCUUUGAUGAUCGGCCAGGAGGAUGAUACGAGAAUGUGCAAAGCUCAUCAAUGCCUCCCUACUUUGCUCACUAUGUCGGUGCUCUCCGCAAUCCUUUCCCUAUUCUUUAUCUUCUUUGCCUAUUCUAGUAACAAUUCUAUCAACCACCAUUUUACUUGGUUCUUCCCUCCUACCGUUGCCAAUGCUGCUGCUUCGGAAAUCACCGAUCUGUAUGAAAUUCUUGGUGUUUCGCGGACCGCUUCGGUGCAGGAAAUCAAAAAGGCAUACCGAAAGAAGGCACUCGACACACAUCCCGACAAAAACAAAGGCGUUCCAGCUGAAGAAGCCGCGGCGGCCUUUCACAAAGUCGUCCAUGCCUUCGAAAUACUCAGCGACAAGUCCAGCAGAAAUCGAUACGAUCGAACGGGGCAAACCAGCGGUAACGGUAAUACCAGCAAUGGGGGUGGCAACCGGGGCGGAGGACCCCAGUGGACUUUUCGCUGGAAUACUGGUGGUGGCUCCCGAAACCAUCGCUACUACAAACCAAGAUUGAAGGACCGAUUCGACGUGAAACAAGCCCAGUCGAGAAUCCUGCACAUUGUCUCCCUCGAGCAGCUGGAAACUAUCAUUACGGCGACAAUCGACGGCGAAGCGGUUUUAGAACGCGACAUUAUGAUUUGUUUCUACACGCCGCCUCUCGAAACGCACCUGAUGGACGAGAUGGUCUACCCCUGGCCAUUUGCGGCCAAGUCCUCGCAGGGCAUCUGGUGGGAGGAUUUGCUGCAAACAUCGGUGGUUCGUUACCACAAUUCGAACGACCUGACCGAGUUUUUUGGGAUUCCGAGAGGCGGAUCUCUGGAAAAACCAGUCUUCAUCUUUGGCAAGAAAGGACAAAAAUUUUGGGAUAAGGCGGCUUGGGAUCGGAGGCUGUCGACAGACGAGAGACAAGUCUUUGACCAGUGGACAUGGAAACAACUCGAGGUAGAGGUGGUUUUUGUCAAUCACCAUGACCACCCGGUAGAAUGUACGUUGCUGUUGUGAUUGAAGUUGGUUGUUGUACAGUUCUGUGGUUAUGAUAUGCGUUUCUUUUGAUGUGGUGUGUUUCAAUGCUGUGGCUUUCACAUAUUUUUCUAUUUUUUUUCGUUCGGUGCUCUGAUAUCUUCUCUUCUGUCAUGUGCUACGACCAAAUUAAAACGUUUUGUCACCUACCAGUGUUCUGGAUCCACGAUCGGGGAGGCCAUGCGAAGGGGAUUAUCGACGCCAAUGGAGGACGUGCGGUCCACGUGACAACGCUCGCAAGCGAGUGGUGGGUACGAGACGCCCGGACCGACACCCUCGAGGGCGCUCCUGGACGGUGGAAAAUGACCGAUGGCACCUGCUUGUACAACGUCAAGAUUCUGAGUGAUGAGCACCGGAGAGAAUACGUCAUUCCCAAGCGGCUUUGCUACGACCUGAGCGGGCACUGCCCGUUCUGGAACCGUAGCGGGAAGGAAUGCGACAAAAACCCCAACUUCAUGCACCAGUGGUGCAGAAAAGAGUGCCGGAGGUGCACACCAGACGUGGACCCGAAAGCAAACGAGAAGAAACAUGACGGCACCGAUUAUCCUGGCAGUAAUGAAUUAUAGGAUAAAAUUUUAUUUUCUGU